GUAUCUGCAUAAAGUACGACGAAAAAAAAUUGCAUUGUUUUUGUUUUGCCACAACGUAGACACAGCCGCAUCCACAUCAUACGGAUGCCUCAUGGCUUGAGCUUUAGAAAAUUGAGAAUGCUCAUAAUUGGAUUAUCGCAAUUCAUUGACUGCCCCAUUAAUGCAUCAGCCUGGUGAAAUAUGCAAAAAGUCUCCAAUAACCUGUACGUGAUAUGCCAUCUGUGGGUGUUACUCGGUCUGGUUGCUCAGGGAAUCUCACAGAAGCACUACACACAGGUGCGCAUGUUGGAGCUGCGAGAGGAUGUUCGGCGGAUGUUCCAGCACGCUUACGACGGCUACCUGACGCACGCCUCCAACUAUGACGAGCUACGCCCACUUACCUGCGACGGCCACGACACCUGGGGCAGCUAUUCGCUUACGCUAAUCGAUGCCCUGGAUACACUGGCUACUAUGGGGAACUUCACCGAGUUUCAGCGCGUCUUCACUCUGCUCACAAAAAAGAUGAACUUCGACCGGGACAUAAACGUGUCUGUUUUUGAGACUAACAUCCGCAUCGUGGGUGGCCUGCUGUCCGCCCACCUGCUGUCGCGCCGCGCAGGCGUCGAGCUGGAGUCGGGUUGGCCCUGCCAGGGUCCGCUGCUACGUAUGGCCGAGGAUGUGGCCCGACGCUUGCUGCCGGCUUUUGACACCAAUACAGGCAUGCCGUAUGGCACGGUAAAUCUCCGCUACGGUGUUCCCAAGGGCGAGACUCCAGUAACUUGCACGGCCGGUGUGGGUACCUUUCUCAUCGAGUUCGGCACAUUGAGCCGCCUAACCGGAAACAAAAUCUAUGAGGAGGUGGCGCUGCAGGCCGUGUUUGCCCUCUGGGAGCACCGAUCACCCAUCGGCCUUUUCGGCAAUCACAUUGACGUGCAGAGCGGCCGCUGGACUGCCCUCGACUCUGGAAUUGGCGCGGGCGUCGACUCCCUAUUCGAGUAUCUAGUAAAGGCCGCCAUACUGCUUAACCGGCCGGAGCUUCUCGAGCUCUUCCACGAGGCGCGCGGUGCCAUCGACAAGUACAUGCGUAAAGAGGACUGGUACGUGUGGGUGGGCAUGAACAAAGGCCACGUCACUCUGCCAGUCUUCCAAUCGCUCGAGGCCUUUUGGCCUGGCAUCCUCAGCAUCAUCGGCGACACAGAGCCGGCCAUGCGCACCAUCGUGCGCUACAUCAGCGUUUGGAAGAAGUACGGAUUUUUACCCGAGUUCUACAAUAUUGCCGCCGGCGAGGCGUCCCCUGAUCGCGAGGUGUACCCUCUUCGACCGGAGCUAAUCGAGUCGGCAAUGUAUCUGUACCGAUCCACCAAGAACGAGUACCUGCUCGAGCUUGGCGAGCGGGUGCUGGAGUCGCUCGAGUUCAGUGCCAAGACCAAGUGUGGUUAUGCGACGAUCCGCAAUGUGCUGACGCAUGAAAAGGAGAAUCGGAUGGAGUCGUUCUUUCUGGCUGAAACAAGCAAGUACCUGUAUUUACUCUUUGACAGUGACAACUUUCUACACAGCGAUGGUGGCCAAGGUGAGCUGUUGGACACGGGGGAGAACGUGUGUGUGGUUCAGGCAGGUGCCUACAUUUUCAACACGGAGGCACACCCAAUGGAUAUGUCGGCCCUGCACUGCUGCCACGACCACAAUGAGGAUAUAUUCGGCUCCCUGGACCUGCAGCGGUUCAGCGCCAACGCGAUCUUUAGGCGAAGUCGCGAGCACCAAAUGGCCGAACAAGAGCACUGGGUGCCUCAGUGCCACUCGGUGUCGGAGAACUUUCCCAACUAUGAGGAGGAGCCGAUCCCCAGGGAGCAGGAAAAGGGCAAACACUUCACCACCAUGGCCGUAGACAUCGAAGUUUUCGACGAGUUUUCACAACCGGUGGGGGAUGUCCUGGUGAGCAACUUUGACCGCGUGCGAGAGGAGCGUGAACUCAACCAAAGCCUGUUGCAGAACAAUCACAAGGUGCUGCGUAACCAGCUGACCGUCAGCGACUUAGAUGAGUUCUUUUCUAGUCGGCGGGAUAAUUUUGCUACCGCCACGGACGCCCUCAACUAUGUGCUGGCCUUUAUGGGCAAGUUUACGAUGGAUGUGGCCUUCAUCCAGGGCCUGCAGCUGUACGACGGCAACAUCAGCAACUUCCUCGGAGCGGGUGCUCAGAAAGAGUACGAAGAACGCAUGCGCUCCUUGUGGGAGCUGUACGAUUUGGAACAGCAGUACGCGGCCAACAUCCUGCUCAUUCAGCACCUGCAAUUGCUUGGCUUCCAAACCGACGGCGAGCUGAUGCGCAGCCAUUUGGCCGAGGUCCUGGACAGUCUUGAUCGACAACAGGAUCCUCCCCUGCACUCUCAGUUGGACAUUGCCGCCUUGUCCGCCUUGGGCUACUUACACGAGGCCAUGCAAGAGCACCCGAACUCAACUACGCAAGCUCCGCGAAUGGACGAUAUCGACCAAACUGUACGCAAGGCCUGCAUCGGAUACGAGAUAGCCAUGAUGAACACCACCGCCAUGCAGGCAUUUGUACAUCGCAUCUACCUCUUGGGCACCAAAGAGGCGACGCCCCACUUCACCCCGCUGCUCGAUCCUAUAGAGCUGGGCACCCUGAAGGUCGUCCAACUAAAGCCCCCUGAGCAACGCGAGCUAUUCAAGUACACGCGCCGCCUCGUGGCUUUCCGGAAGCGAAUGUCCGAGACGGUGGACCGCCUGCAGACCCUCAUGCUGAAAUUGACGCCGGGCAAGGAGAAGGCAGUAGCUCUCGCGACAGCAACACAAAAAGCUCAGCCAGAUGUUGUCUCAAUGGAAGCUUCACCAGAGCCCAUAAACAAAACUGAGGACAAGCCAAAGGCUGUGCAGCCGGAGCUGAAACAGCACAAGGAAUUAGAGGAGCAAGAAGAUGAGACAGAGGAGGGAUCUGUGUGGUCACAGUUUGUGCAGACCAUACUGCGUAAAACCACAGUGCAACGGGUGAAAUUCGAUGAGGGGUUGCUGCAGGAGAAGACCCGCACGGCGCUAGAAAAACACUCCCACAAUAAGAACCCCCCCAGUGAGCUGUUCACCUGUCAGCGACCCGAGUACAUUGAACAGUUUGCGUACCGAGAGUUUUACCCCGUGACGUAGUAAGGGUCUGCCAUCAAAACACGACUGAUCUGUAGAUAUGUGUUUACAUAGUUAGUUAGGCGACAGUCACAGCUGAAUUAGAGUUAUGUAUGUUACCUCCUCAACGCAUAUCUGUUGGAUAUGCUGUCUACAUACAUAUGUACAGAUGUAUGUACAUAGAUCUGAUCAAUUCUU